AUGAAGGUCUACGUGCACUUCGAGGAGGGGAGUGAUGCGGAACUACACGUGACGCUGAAGCUGACCCUGCCCAAGAAGUGGAACGACGAGUCUCCUGUCAGGCUUCUCAAGCUUUUCAUCGACUCGUACAACAAGCGAAAGCCCGACAACCAACUCGACGUCGACGAGUGCCACCUGGAGACGGGGGCGAGCUUGGACCAGGGGGCGGAGGAACAAGCUUUGGCCAAGGGAGACACGAUCGGUGCAACCAUUACCGACAGGGCGGACGUGUUCGUGCGGCCGGGAGCAACGAAAGAGGGGAUGGGGGCAGCCGCUACUGCCGCCGCCGCCGCCGCCGCCGCCGCCGCCGCCGCUGCCGCCGCUGCCGCUUCGGCGGUAACUGCUACGGCACCGAAAAGGGCGGGAGCGCUGAGAUGCCGGAACUUCGGGUGCAACCAGUACUACGACGAGGCAGAUAACAGCGACACGGCGUGUCGGUUCCACACCGGACCGCCCAUUUUUCACGACACUCGAAAGGGUUGGAGUUGCUGCAAGAAGCGCGUGUACGACUGGGACGAGUUCGAGCAGCUCCAAGGUUGCCAGGUGGGGCGCCACAGCACGGUUGAUCCCAAGGACCGCCUCCCGCCGAAUCCACCCUCAGCAGAGCAGGAGGUGGCAGCAAAACCCGCGCCCGUCCUAAAGUCCAUCGACAACUACAACGCCGAGAACCCGGAGGCGGCGACGGCGGCGGGGUCCGCAGUAAAGAGCAUCACCGCCAAGAAGAAGUGCACCAGGAGACCCGACGGGACGGCAAGCUGUGUGAACCUCGGGUGCCAAAAGGACUUCGUAGUGGCGGAAAACCAGCGUGACUCCUGCCGGUACCACAGGCUCAACCCGGUCUUCCACGACGGGGGCAAGCACUGGGGGUGCUGCCCCGACCAGGUAAAGUACGAGUUCGAAGAUUUCAUGGCGGUACCCGGUUGCUGUAUCGGAUUCCACGACGAUGCCUCCGGGGAAUUUUCCAACCCACCCCCCGGCGCUGCGGCCUGAAUAAAUUGUGAAGGACGUGUCUCGGCCGUAUUGUUGCAGGAGGAGCCAGACUCGUUCGUACGCGACGGAGAAGAGAACAAAGCGGCGUGGGAACGGUCUAUUUUGAGAGAGGGGCAGAGAUCGACAAGAGACAGAGUAGGGACUGAAAAGAGGAGACCUUUGUGGUUUCCAAGUCUUAUGGCGGAAUUAGUGUUGGAAUUCAGCUUCGUGAGCUGCCGGUCAUGUGUGUCGUGGUUGACAAGCCCUGGCGAGGUAGCGCUGUCGUUUUGGCGGGGAAAGGCGGGUAGAGCAGCCCACUCUCGUACUCGUCGGGCGAUUGCAGUCGUCGUCGAAUUCGGACCUUCUUAUUCCGCCUCUCGGUCUUGGGUGCCUCUAGUGCGGUGCGAUUGUUCCUCUCUUUUUUCGUACUGUCCGUGUCUACUUCCAGACAACGGUGUUAACAGUUCCUCGGGGUAGUGUUAAGAAUAAUGAUCACAGAACCGUCCCUGCAGCAGAAGAAUGUAGAGACAUCGUCGUGAAAUCUAUGUUUCACGAGGGUGGACAAUUAGAACUUUCACACCAAAUAAAAGGAAGGUAGUCCU